AUUAAAAAUUCAAAACUUGACACACUUUACGAACAUGUCAACCGUACAGACCGUUCUGGGGUCUAUUACCCCUAACCUCUUGGGUCGUACUUUGACCCACGAGCAUGUGGCUCUCGAUUUCGAGCACUUUUACCGGCCACCUCCUCCGGACUUCGAGAGUGAACUGAAGGCCAAGAUCAGUAUGUCCACUCUGGGGUAUGUGCGAUUGUAUCCCUAUUCCAGCAAGGAGAACGUCCGUUUCUACGACGAGGAAGCUCUGGAGGCGGCCAAAAAGGAUAUUCUUCUGUACAAGAAGCAUGGUGGUGGCAGUAUUGUGGAAAAUAGCAGCUAUGGUCUGAAGCGCAAUCUGGAGAUCAUUGUGGAGCUGGCCAAGAGCACUGGUGUGCAUUUUAUUGCCGGAACUGGACACUACAUCCAUGCCAUGCAGGAUGCCAGGAACGCCAGCUUAACUGUGGAGCAGUUGAGUGACUUGUACUCCAAGGACAUCAUUACUGGCCUGGAGGUCAACGGAAAAAUGGUCAAGUGCGGCUUCAUAGGCGAGGUGGCCAGUGUUUAUCCAAUCCAUGAUUUUGAGAAGCAUUGCAUUAAGGCUGCUGGAGAGAUUCAAGAGGUUCUGGGCUGUGGUGUCUCCAUGCAUCCACAUCGCGUUACCAAAGCCCCCUUCGAGAUCAUGAGACUCUAUCUGGAGGCGGGUGGACGUGCUGACAAGUGUGUGAUGUCUCACUUGGAUCGCACUAUUUUCGACGUUGAUGAGCUUCUGGAGUUUGCCAAGCUGGGCUGCUAUAUCCAGUAUGAUCUUUUUGGAACCGAAUGCUCCUUCUAUCAGCUAAAUACCAGCGUGGAUAUGAUCUCUGAUGGACAGCGCAUCGAUAAUCUGAUGAAGCUAAUCAACGAGGGAUUGGUGGACAAGUUGCUCAUGUCCCACGACAUCCACACCAAACAUCGAUUGACAUCCUAUGGCGGUCAUGGCUAUCAUCAUAUCUACACCAACAUCCUGCCACGGAUGUUCGCUCGCGGAGUUACUGUGGAGCAAGUGGAGCAAAUGACAGUGACGAAUCCGGCCAAUUGGCUGGCCUUUAAUCCCUAGAUCCUUUUUUGUUAUUUUGGUUCUGACAUCUCUUAUCGUUUGUUUUACCGUGGAUUAGAUAAGGCUUGUUAUUUUGGCAAUAAUACUGGGUCUACCCAACAUACAUACCCAUUGCCACCUUAUCGCUAUGUUUAUUGCUCUGAAGACAAUUUUUGGGGGCUCGUGCGGGAUGUUCCAAAGUUCUUCAGAAAUUAAAGCUCAUAAAAGUUUUGUUUACAAAUAAUAUACUCUAUAUAUAUUUAGAUAUUUAAAUCGAUUGUAUUAAAAUAAAAUGGAAUAUUUCUAGAACUGAAAUAUUUAAAAAAA